CUCAGACCUGUCGACCUGCGCAGCCCAAGCUAGCAGCUGCCAUCCAUGGGGAACAGCCACUGCGUCCCUCAGACUCCCAGGAGGCUACGAGCCUCAUUUUCCAGAAAGCCCUCACUCAAAGGAAACAGAGAUGACAGCUCCAGGAAGCUGGCCGGCCUGUUUGGCACCGAGGCUAGGCCUGAUGGGGACACCGCGGCUAACAAGAUCUUCCACUACAUCCCCGGGACGGACAUCCCGGGCCUGGAAAAUCAGCCAGAAAAUCUGGAACAGCCAUUCCUGAGUGUUUUCAAAAAGGGGUGGCGGAGGACACCCGUGAGAAACCUAGGCAAAGUUGUGCACUAUUCCAAGGUUCAGCUGCGGUUCCAGCACAGCCAGGACAUCAGCGACUGCUAUCUAGAGCUGUUCCCCUCCCACCUGUACUUUCAAGCUCAUGGUUCUGAAGGACUUACAUUCCAGGGGCUGCUUCCACUGACAGAACUGAGCGUCUGCAGGAUUGAUGGGUCCAGAGAGCAUGCCUUCCAGAUUACAGGCCCACUGCCUGCCCCACUCCUUGUCCUCUGCCAUAGUGAAGCUGAGCUCAGCCACUGGCUUUACCAUCUGGAGAAGCAAAUGGCUCUCUUGGGGGGUCUGAAACGCUGCCACUCAAGCCCCCCACAGAGCUCCCUAGGGGAUGAACUCCCCUGCACACGGCUAUGGAAAGUAUCUGGGUGUGAAUCCAUGGGCAGCGCGAUCUGUGCCUCAAGGGUCAAGCUGCAGCAUCUACCCUCUCAGGAGCAAUGGGAUCGGAUUCUGGUACUAUACCCAGCAUCCCUGGCCAUCUUCUCUGAGGACCCAGAUGGACUUACCUUUAAGGGGGAGCUUCCGCUAAGUGCCAUCCACAUCAACUUAGAAGAGAAGGAAAAGGAGAUCCGCUCCUUUCUCAUCGAAGGCCGCCUCAUCAACACCAUCCGUGUGGUAUGUGCCAGUUACGAGGAUUACAGUCAGUGGCUGCUGUGCCUCCGGACUGUCUCGCACAGGGAUGGGGCCCACCUGCUGCCUGGCCCAGAGAAUUUCCCAGGACUACAUGGACCCACAAAGGCUGUGAGUAGGGGACGAGGUUCACUCUCUUCCAAUGGACGAACCAGCUGGAAAUUAGAGUGUCCAGUGCUCCCCACCAGCCAAUCCCUCCCUGAAUCCUCAGUGCCAACCACUAUAGGCUUCCCUGCCCAGCCUAUACCUAACCAGACCAACUCUAACUGUGUCAGCACUGGGCGAAAGAAGACAGAGCUGAGGCACAGUGGCAGUAGCCAAUCUCCCAGGGGCAAAGUUCGAAGGGAAGUAUCUGGCUCAGCUGUCCCACUGCCCCUGCACCUGGACCUAACCAAGGUGGGUGUGCUGGACUUAGACAGCAGCUCAGAGGCUCAGGACCACUCUUCAGAUAUUCCACACUCCCCGCUCUAUGCUGAUCCCUACACACCACCAGCUACAUCUCACCGCAAGAUUACGGACCUCCAAGGCCUAGAUGAGCAGUUCUUCUGUGCGAUGCAGACAUCACCUGGACCUGAGCUAUCAAGCCCGUUCCCCCCAGUCUCCGUGUCUGUGCCUGUCUCUGACUCCAGCUCUGGAAUCUCCAGCUCUCCUAGGCCUCUGGGCUCCCAUUUGCUCUCCAAGAAAGGUGCCCUGCAAUCCAGAGCUUCCCAGAAACACCGGGGUUCCAUCAAGAACAGAGGGCCACGGCCUUCAGACCUCCCUCAGCUUGUCACCCCUGCCAGAGAAAGUACACCCAGUUCCCUGCCACCUCCCCCAGAUGAAGAGGCUCCCAUCUGGAACAAGACUUCCUCUCCCUCCCCGCAGAAGUGGCCACAACUCAGGAAGACUCCAGUGGAGAUGGGACUCAUCCAGUGGAUCUAAUGAGCCCCAGGUGGGCUGCUUAUCGGAAACAUAACCAGCCAACACCAACCUGGACAAGGAUAUGCAGCCAUACCAGUCCUGUGACCUACAUUAGAUCCACCAGGGCCUCACCCCAGCCGGUUAAGAGAGUCUCUGGAACGCUGAGGAUAGAAGCACCUCUCACUAGGCUCUAACUCAUCAGCUUUAGCAGCUAGAGCAACUAAGAGAACAAACCAGUGAGGGACAUCAGUGAGAUCCUGGAUAUCCCCAGGGCUUAUUUCUUUCGGGAAGAAAGAAUGAAAGUACUGGAACAGGUCUUAGAACUGGGGAACUGCUUGAGUGUGAAACACAGAGCACUAGAAAAGUCAGGUUGUCAAACUCAGCAUGUGACAUCAGAGGACACGAGGGUCAGAGGUCAGGAGGGUGAGAGCCAUCACAAGCAGCAGAGGAGUAUCAGAAGACCUAGUACUGCUGGGUGUGUAGGGUAAGGCUGGUCAGAAAGAUGAACACCAUAAACAAGAAAAAGACUUUA